AUGUUGGGCUCCGAGGAGUGUCCCGGAGUGGUCUCCCUGAUGGCCAUCGAGCUCUACCGGCACGUUGACAAGAACCGCAUCGAGGGCCACUCGUGCGACGUGGCUGUCGCAUACCUGGAAUUCUACAACGAGGUGGUUUACGUCGUGAAGACGGAGAACCUGACCAGCACAAGCAAGGGAAUUAGCGUCUCCAAGAGUGGAGCUCAGUGGGUGCCGUACCAGGAUUCGAAGCUGGCGCACAUACUGAAGGACUGUUUGAGUGGCACGUGUGGCACCCUAAUGAUUGCGGCUGUGUCGCCGUCCAAGCUCAGCUACAACGACACCCACAACACUCUCAAGUACGCCGAGCAGGACAUGAAGAUCAAGCAGCAGGCAAAGAAACACGUCCUCAACGUCAACGUACUCAAGCCGAUGUACAGAUCAUUUAUAGAGGAGUACAAGGAAAAGGAGGAAGGCCUUCAGCGCAAGCUCGACUAG